UGAAGAUUUGAGAGAAUCUUGUUAACAAAAACAAAGGGUACGGGGGGAGCCAUAACGAUAACGUUGCAGUAAUGAUUUUCUUUUUUCUAGCUGGAGGUUUUUCGAAGAUUUCCCUUUUCUUUAUGUUUUUUUUUUUUUUUUGUAGACCAAUCGAUGCAGCUUUUUAUUCUUUAUAUUUACCUGUUCAUAUCAAGAAGUCACUAGUUCGAGAGAUAUUUUGGUUUCAAUUUUGUAAAAUGUACGCGUGCAGAAGCAAGGAUAUUCAAGGCGCAUGAUCAAGUUGCAAGUGAUUCACCCUGUACACACCGUCGUGAAUAGUCCGCGCAAAUUCGUAUGCAAAUUCGUACUUGGUGAAUACAAUCAAAGGCUUUACUUUGAAUAUUCUACAUAUUUUGUGUAUUGCGUGCAGUUCUCGUAAAUGCAUACAUAUCCCCAGUUUAGAUACGAGAAUCAAUUAUCAUGAUUAUUGUCGGUUUGAAACCAAUCUGUGUGGAUACAUGUAGAUAUGCAAGUGUGUAUUUCGUGGAGAUCGUAACAGAGUACGUCGCAGAAGCGUUGAAUCGUUUCUUUGAUAAUUCCAAGCAAUCGUUUUGUAUAAAAGCAACAUGAAUUAGUUUUGAUUUUUUAGCUAUUGAACGCCACUAUACGUGGCUCGCUUGUUUCUCACGAUCGGUCGAAGAAAGCUGUACACAACGAUUUUUCACAUUCUUUAUAAAACAAACUUUAGUCUGUAUUAAUUACGCAACGUAAUUACGGAUAUAAAUUUCAUUAUCGCACAAUUUUUCAAAAGUCGGAUCUUGCCGCGCAGAGGUAUAAAAAUCGCGAAAAAUCUCGCCUCUCGUAGCAUUAAGAGGUUAAGGCGAACGAAAGUACACGAGGGUUCCAUAAGAGUGAAUUUCAUCGACCUGAAAGUAGUAGAAAGUACCUAGCGCUGGUUAGAGACGAACGGAAAAAUUACGCGAUGGUAAAAGCACGACGGCGGGCGAGCGAAUCGAAAAUUUGCCCUUGUCGAAAGGGAACGUAUCUGACCGCGUUAUUAUUGGAAGCCUAGUCCCAUUAUUCCCACGAGCGAUCCUUUUUUUUUUUUUCACUUGUACGCGGCGGGAGAAUUCCGCGCGUGCAUCCGCAGCGCGAGCGCAAAAAAAAAACCGCAAAACCUCAAAAGACACCCCUCAAAAAAAAAAAAAAAAAAAAAAAAAAAGAAAAAAAAAGGAAAAGAGAAAAAAGAAAGAAAAAGGUGGAAAACAAAUCUUUUUCCUGCGUUGAGCAGUCAGUGAGAGUCGUCUGUUACACCACGUUUCAUUGUCGCGUUAUCCUUCGUGCCUAGCAACCGAGAAAUCAGCGAGAUCUGGCAGAAACAGAAAAAAAUAAAAAUACCAUCAUACGAUGCCGGUGCAAUCCACCUCGCCAUCCUCUCUCGCCUAAUCUGUCACGGGAGUCGAGAGUAUUCCCUGAGAGGAUUCUACGUCGUCUUCAAGGUUAUCGAUCCUCGAGAACUUCGUUGGAAGAGUACCGCUGCGUGAACACCACUGGUAGCCUCUCUUUCUCUCUUUCGCUCGCUCACUCUCUCUCUCUCUCUCUCUCUCUCUCUCUCUCUUCUUUCCAGGAUGAAAAGGUUCGCGCGACCCUCCUGAAUUCCUCUCUUACUCCGCCAGUUUCAAGGUCACCCUCCGCUUCGCCCUCUCGAAGAGUUUUCUCGCAGCGCGGCGCGCGUGUUGAAGUUGGGCGAGAAGUCUGCCUGUCAGAGGAUGGAGGACAACAGGGUGUCGACGGGAAACCCUUCGGCCAAGUACAAUUCCAGUUUACCGCGACCAAACUGAAACGAAAUUGAAGUUUGUCCUCCGGAGUUGUGCGCUCGAGCAGCAGUCAAGGUCAUCGACGCGAAAACCACGUCGGCUACGUUGUGACAACAUCCGGCUGCGGAACCGUGCAACCGCGAUGCAAUUCUCUACGGAGGGGAAAAUUUCGGUUUCGUUGGGCGCGAAACCGUGAUAAAUUAAUGUCUCGCCUAUGGUAAAAUUUGAGCAGAACAGAAACAGAGAGAGAGAGAGAGUGAAAGGUGGAAGAGAAAGUUGAGAGUGAGAGACUGAGAAAGAUAGCGGAGCAAGCAGCAAGGAAUUAGCCGGCAGGAGUCUGUAGGUGGCUGUACACGCAGUCGGAGGGCAGGAGAGAGGCGAAAGAAGGAUCGAGCGACGAAGAGAAGGAGUAACUGGCGGAGGUGGAGGGUUUGAGCAUUUCGGGAGUGUCGGAGGUGGCGGCGCACGGCUGAUCGAUGCAACAGCAGCGCCGCUACGAGCAAGAGGGUAGGAGGCGUAGCAUAGUCGGAGAGAGAAAGGGCAGAGGGUAGCGUUACUCGACAGCAGGAAGAGAGAGAGAGAGAGAGAGAAAGCCUCCCUUCCUGCCGUAUGUCGGCCUCCUCCGUUAUCCCUCCGGUUCCCUCCCUCGGACCGCGUUGCACGCGUACUAACCGAGCAGCGCGCGUUUCACUCCGCCGUGCCAUCCCCCUCCAUCGCGAAUUUUCAGUACAGCAGGGGUUGCUUCGACGCGACGCUCAACCUCUCUCUCUCUCUCUCUCUCUCUCUCUUCCUCUCUCCCUCCGCUUCGCCCUCUCCGUCCGUCAGUUACUCCCUUCUCACUCCCACGUCCUCCUCGACUUUGUCCUCUCUCUUUCUCUGUCGCUCCCUCUGUGCUCCCUCCCUCAGGCGGGCUCAGUUCUCGCCUGAAGACCGUGCGGUGUACAGGUGAUCCGACUCGUGCGUAUUCACCCUCUCUACGGCUGAGUUUGUCCGCCCGCUGGUCGGGAUGACGUGCUGCCGCGUUGCCACGAGGAGGAGGAGGACGCACGCUCUGUCCUGCCGCGUCGUCGACGAGCCGUAGACCGGGCCGAGUAACGAUGUAGUGUCGAGCGGAUCGUCGCCUACGGUGGAACCGCGAGCUACCGGCUCCCUAGAAACAGACGGCGAGGAUGUCGACGUGGUUCGAGCCGCGUGGCCGCGAUUGGUGAGACGUUUCCGGCGAGUGUACGAAACGUGCGGGUUCGAGUGCGUCGUUCGAGUUUGGUAAACGACGAGGGAGAUAGAGAGAGAGAGAGAGAACAGAGAGGAAGUCGAGGAAGAAGAGAGAGAGAGAGAGAGAAAGGAGAGAGAGUGAGAGAGAGGGGUGGUCCGCAAGGGCCACGGCCAUGGGGGAGGCAGCAUGUUCUCCGAGCUGUGCAGGGAGACUCUGCGGAAGGCAGCCGUGUGCUACAGUUCUGGUCGUGCAGGAAGUCCAUCACCAUCGCCACCAACGUCUCCGCCGCCAUCUCCCGCCAAAGAAGCAAAGACUACUGCCAACGUUGACCUGGCAAAUGUCCGUGACACCUGCCACGAAGCCAGAGAUCCAGGGACCAGCGGGAAAAGAUCGCUGCCGCAGCAGCCGUCGUCGUCAACAGGAACGUGCACCACGGAGUUCCGUGACUUCACCGGAAGGAGAUCGCCCAACGCCCCAGGCGACUCCAGGGAGAAGCGUUCAACGGUGUCCAGCGGUGACUUUGGGAAAAGAUUGGGCUGCCCCGAAGCGAGGGACGGCAAGCGAGGCUCGUUUCCGGCAGACGCGAGGGACGGACGAUCCGUGUCCCCCGAGAAGGGGGGACGUCAAUGGGAGGACAACAGAUGGCCAUGCGGAGGAUACGAGUAUGGCCGACCAGACUCGAGACUCGGUAGACAGUCCCCUGGGUCUCCAGGAUCGUCGCCCGAACCAGAGGACAACUCCUCAACUUCUGGCGACGAAGCUGGAGCCGCUUCUGAGGAAACUAACCAAAGGUCCAGUUCUGCACACAAUCGCCACUCUCUCACGAAGGGUAAGCAGUCAGUGUUUGACGAAUCACCACGUAAUACAGAAAGAAUCAUGACACGAGCGUUGUCCGAUCGAUCGAAACCGUCGCCAUGCUACGUCGCUUUUCUCCUUUUUCUUUGUCGUAUCCACUUGCACAUCCACCGGAUAUUACGAGAAUUAUGCGCACAUCAUCACCACCAUGCAUGGCCGUACGUAUUUAUACACGUGUACCGCGAGAGAUCACGUUUAUGAUCACGUAUGGCGAAUGGUGUCAUUUCGUUUCCCCUUCCCUCUUUUUGUCGCGGAAGCUUCUGGCAAAUGUUGCUAUUGUAACGCUAUUGCCGCGCGCAACAACCACGGACGGACAGUCUUUCUCGUUGAUCAGUGGCUGUAAAUUCGCGAAACAAAAGCCGCCGUAUUUCGUACCGAGUACAAAGGAAACAAGCAUGAAGCUUACCGUCGUCGUCGUUUCUCAUUUAAAACCAAGAAUAAAGGGACACCGGCAGAUAUAUUUGCUUGAGCGAUCGUUGUGAAAUACGAUUUAUCCUUGGUUUCCCCUCGAACGACCGAGAUUAACGAAUCCAGUCGUUUCUCAAGCUGGCUGUCCGUCUCAUCUUCGAAUCGGAGCGUGUCCGACGCGAACGCGCGUGCAAUUCGAACGCAGUCGGACGAGAGAAACAAAUGGAAAUUUCGACGCGCGACGAGUAUUGUGUCGAUGGGAAACAUCGAUAACGAUGGGAAACGAUCGCUUUCCGCAUUGUGAAAAAUGGAAAGCGACGUGUGGCGCUCGUGAAAUCGAAUAAA